UCCAAGCGCUGUCAAGGAUGACAAUUAAUAAUUAUAUAUUUUAAAUGUGUUCUUACUUAUUCAACUGUUUCACUUCUAUUUUAUAAAUGAAUUGUGUCACAUUUUAAAGUAAAAAAUAAGUUAAAUAUCAUAUAAAGACCCUAAUAACACGUUUUAUCUAAAACAAAACAUGGACGAGUUAGAAAAACUAAGUUGUAAGGAAGAAAUAUGCGACGUGAGUGAUAUGGAACAUUCAGCUACCGACGAUCAUAAGGUAACAGAAGGGAAAAUAAAGAAGAGGCGGAGGAGGCGGAGGGAGAUUGAUUUAAUUUCUGAAGACGAUGAAACAGAAGAUGAUGAUAUACCCAAGAAAAUGUACCGACGGAUCAGCCCCGGCCCCGGACCGAUAUCACCCGCAUCUCACAGAGAACCACGCACUUGUGUUUUAAAACACGUCAUAUUUCAGGCUAGCCAGAAGCGGAAACCAUUGUCUCGGCUACUAGAACAGCUGCUGAGGAAUCUUGAAAAGCGUGAUCCAAACCAAUUUUUUGCUUGGCCGGUGAAUGACAACUUUGCACCCGGCUACUCCACCAUCAUCAAGAAACCCAUGGACUUCUCAACCAUGAAGCAGAAGAUUGAUGAUAACGAAUAUAAAUCAUUGAAUUGUUUUAUAAGUGACUUCAAGCUGAUGUGUAACAAUGCAAUGAAAUAUAAUAAACCAGGAACGGUAUAUCACAAGGCGGCUAAGAGAUUGCUGCAUGCUGGCCUCAAACAGCUCACUCCACAGAAACUGAGACCGCUCGGAGACAUCCUCACCUACAUGUACGAGAUCCCUCUCAGAGAACUCGGCUUUGACAUUGGCAAAAUGGAUGUGCCGUUAAGGACGUACGGUCGGAAGCAUAAGGUGCUGAAGAGGAGCAGUCCCGUGAAGAGCGGCGGGGAGGAGGAGGCGGCCUCGGACGGCGGGGAGGUCGGGGACGGCGGGGGGGACGGGGUUAAGAUACAGAUGGAAGCCGCCAGGGAACAGCAUCGUCGGAGGCUGGCCAAGAAAGCCUUCCCCCGUAUGGACGCAGAAGGAAAGACCACGCUGAAGCUGGUCACUCACACCGUGGACGGCAGCGGAGAAGACAAGCCCUUGACCCUGGGACAGUACAUCGGCAAACUGACCCAGGGCACGGGCUCCUUACACAUCCCUCGCGAGGAUCGGCGCAACAUCGCCAAGUGCGUGAGGCCGCUCCACUACGGGCCAUUUAGCUCGUACGCUCCCUCAUACGACGGAACGUUCGCCACACUCUCCAAGGAGGAGUCACACCUCGUGCUACACACGCUGCCUUACGAGACGGGUCAAGGUAACGAGGAGAUGCUGCGCUUCGCCCCGGACUCGCCCUGGCAACACAUCUACGACAUGGAGCUCCUGUUCCCGGACAAGAGGAACCGGCCCGAGACGCCUCCGCCCAGGGACGAGAGCCAAGAGCUGUCAAAGGUGAAGAUCGACAUCGACGAGCUGCGGUCCCUGUCUUCGCUCGGCAUCGACGUGGACUUCCUCAACGAGCUGGAGAUGGCCACCAAGGACUACGGCCUAGGACCCGCGCUUAAACACACGUACGGCCUACUCGCCGCCCUCGAGAAGGAGCAGCGGGAACGUCUGUCCGCGUCAUCUCCGUGGCACCUGUCGCUGGUGGCGGGCGCGGGCCAGGCGGAGCGCGAGGCGGCGCGGGCGGCGGCGGGCUGGCUGCGGGCCAUGGUGGCCAGGGUCCCGCCCAAGGAGGUCGCCACACACGCCGCCCUCAGGAACGCCAUGGGCGUCACCCUGGAGCAUCUCGACACUCCGCUGGCCGUGGACGACUUCGAGGAGCUGCACGAGCCGCGGGACUCCUCCGACAGGGACUCGCGCUCCAGCAGAGACAAGUGACCGCCCGAAAUAGAUUAAUAAAAUAUUGAGACUGAAA